CUCCUGCGACACUGGCCGCCUCGGCGCACGCAGCAUCAGCACCACCGCCAACAGAGGCCACCCCCCUUACAAUCUUAGAUUUGCAGGCGUUCCUGGCCUUUACUACCACCUGUUCGACGCCUUCAGCCCUUUUCUCCACUACUGGUUCCCCCUCCGCCUGAACCUAUGCAAGGCCCUCUUCUUCAGGCCUGUCUCAUGUUGCGUUCCAUCAUCCUCGCUGCAUCGUCGCCCCCAAAGGGCCUCUGUUAAUGCGCUGUUUGGCUUCAAACAUGUCGUCUCUUUUCGGCCGAGGUGCCGUUUCUGCUUGCCUCUGGAAUUGAUUCCAACGGGUCAUCUCAUCUUGCCGCUUUUGGCUUGCUUGCCCCUCCCCCUCCCCUCGCUGGUGCUUUCAUGCUCACCCCGGCCAGCCUCGCAUCGAUUGUUUUGUGUUCGUGGAGUCUCCUCCUGUAUGGUAUUUGCAGCGCUUGCGGAACAAAAUGACCCCUGCUACUUGUUUCCCAGACGGUGCCGGUUUUGCCGUUGCAUGAAGCUGUCAACCCGAGUCGUCGAGGAUUAUAAGACGCCGGCCCGCCUAUCCAAACAAUCCCGUCUUAGUUCUUGUUUUCUCUCUAUUCCAUCAACACUUCUUUCGCUCACUGGCUUUCUUCGGCAAGCCUUUGUUUACUUUCCUUUCUUUCCUUUUUUCUUUUCACUCCGUGUCUGUGACAUCAGCUGCAUUUCUCUCCUUUAGCACUCGUCACUUUUUAUUCGGUCUGGUACCUCUGAAAGUUGACUGUCUUUUUUUUAUUUACUAUCACGACUAUCUUUUGCUACCUUUGUAAAACGGAUACAUUCAUUCAAAAUGCAAAUCAAGGCUGUUCUUAUCGCUCUUGUGAGCGCCGCCGUCAUCACUGAGGCCGCCAACAUCCGCUCGCCCAUGGCCAACACCAUUGCCGCCCGACAAAACAGAAACCGAAAUGGAAACAACAAUGGCGGCAAGAAGGCUGCUGAGAAUAAGGGUGGAAACAAUGGCCAAAACAACGGCCAAAACAACAACGGCAACAACGGCAACAACGGUAACAACGGUAACAACGGUGCCGGAGCCGCCCUCAGUGCCAACUUGAUCCAGAAGGGCUCUGCUCAGGAUGGCCAGAACCCAGGAAAGGACGGACAAGUUCCCUCCAAGACUGACAAGGAGAACUUUAUCAACUUCUGCAAGGGCAGAACUCUCACCAAUGGUGCUCAGGUUCUCGCCGGAUCCUGCAACGGUAUUCCCAUGGGUAACAUUCCUUCCACCAAGAAAAUGGUUUCUAGCGUCUUUGUCAAUCCCAAGAAUGGCGAUGUUAUCAAGCCCAAGACCGACUUCCAGAUCUCUGUCCAGAUGAUCAACUUCGCUCCAGGCUCAUUCACCAAUGCUACCAGCACCUACUACUCUGCCCCUCAGGAUCUUGAUGGUCAGGGCAACAUUAUUGGCCACACUCACGUUACCGUCCAGGAUACUGGUCGUACCCUCAACCCCUCCCAACCCCUCGAUCCUACACAGUUUGCCUUCUUCAAGGGCAUCAACGACGCGGGCAAUGGCAGAAACCUGCUUUCCGCCAAGGUCACCGGUGGUCUUCCUCCCGGCAAUUACCGUGUCUGCACCAUGGCCGCUGCUGCCAACCAUCAGCCUGUCCUGAUGCCUGUUGCCCAGCGUGGUGCCCAGGAUGACUGCGUCCGCUUCGUCGUUUCUGACAACGCCAAUGCUGGUAACAACAACGGCAACAACGCUAACAACGGCAACAAUGCUAACAACGGCAACAAUGCUAACAACGGCAACAACAACAACAACAACAACAACAACAACGGUCAAAAUGGCCAGAACGGCCAGAACGGCCAGAAUGGUCAGAAAGGACAAAACGGCCAGAAUGGUCAAAAGGGUCAGAACGGCCAGAAUGGUCAGAAUGGUCAGAACGGUCAGAACGGUCAAAAGGGUCAGAAUGGACAAAAGGGACAAAACGGUCAGAAUGGACAGAAUGGACAAAACGGUCAGAAUGGACAGAAUGGACAAAAGGGACAAAACGGUCAGAAUGGCCAGAAUGGACAAAAGGGCCAGACCGUUCAGAAUGGCCAGAAGGCCAAGGACACCAACAAUGGCAAGCAAGAUGGCAAGAAGGCUACCAAGGGUGGCAAGAAGGGCGGUGCCAAGAUCAACGCCCUCGGCGGCAUGCAAGCCCCCGACGUGACGGAGAACAAGAACAACCAGCGCCCCUACAGUGUUAACGGUUCCGACUUCACCACGAAGGAGGCUGCCAACCGCCGCGCUUGCGAGGUCCAGCGCGCCGAAUGCAACCAGGGCAUGUCUAGCGGCAAGAUGCAAGGCACUCAAGACGACUGCACCGAGCAGAUGGACACCUGCAUGAGCGACAUGGCCCAGGCGUAAAGCCUAGGAAUCACACCUGCACAAUAUUGACAUGGUUUCAUAGUUUUACGGGGCUCUUUCAUUUUCUGUCACGGCGUUAAUUGUCCAUUUUUUUGUCCCUUCUUCUUUCCACAUUCUGUCUUUUUUUUCAUUCUCGUCACGGGUAACCGGCUUGGGGUGGUGAUGACCGAUGCAGCAAGGCAUUAGAACGCGGUUAGCACUGCGUUUAGAUUUUAGAAAUCGGAUUUCUCCAUCCAUCUUCAAUUUCCAUGAUUAGUCUUCCAGUAGCAUGGCAUCAAACGGAUUGUGCUUUUUGCACGCCGUGGCUCUUAAAUUGAAACAUCCCCUUCACACAUUUCUGAGACAGGUACAGUCGCAAGUCCCCG